UGCGCACAUAGAGAGGCUGUGUGACUAACGACUAACGUCUAUAUACACACGUCUUCUAGCCCUAGCAAAGACCGUUUCUUGGAGCUAAACAUAACAUAACAUUUGUUGAUAGAAUGGCGAAAAACAUUGUAACUACUCGACUAUUUAGAAAUUUAGUGAAGGGCUCUGAGCAUUGCAUCUCCCGGCAUUCGUAUAGAUCAUGCAGUUCUUCGGCGUGUAAUCAAACUUGCAGAAGCUGGGCCGUACAUAAAUAUGGAGGCAGCAUGCAAAUGGCAGUUGAUGGCAGGAUACCGGUCAUAACUGACCCUAAUGAUGUUCUAAUAAAAGUUUCUGCUGCAAGUGUCAAUCCAAUUGACAUCAAAAUGACAGGUGGCUACGGUAGAAAGCUUAUUCACACCAUGCGGCAGAUGGACGGCAUGGCGUGUAGUGUCAAGGAGCUUCCCCUGACACCAGGCAGGGACUGCUCUGGCACCGUUGUUGCUACGGGAAGCAACGUGACAAACUAUCGGCCUGGAGACGAGGUAUGGAGCGCAGUCGCAGCACACAGGCCCGGAACGCAUGCUGAUUAUGUCCUCACAGCAGCAUCGGCGGUGUCACGUAAACCGUCCAGCCUUUCGCACGUUGACGCCGCUUCGUUUCCCUACGUGGCAUGUACGGUUUGGUCAGCCCUUUGCACAAUGGGAGGCCUUCACCCGCGAAAUACGCCCAUGAAACGAGUGCUCAUAUUGGCAGGGUCUGGCGGGAUAGGCAACUUUGCUAUACAGCUUAUGAAAGCGUGGGGAGCGAAUGUGACUGUCCUGUGUUCGACAUCUGCGAUCGACACAGUCGCAAGCAUGGGACCAGACUGCAUCGUCAACUACGAGAGCGAUCAUGUGGAAACUGAACUGAAGAAAUACGAGGGCUUUGACGUGAUACUGCAUAAUGUCGGCAGCGGCAAGUAUGCUCAGGCGAUAAAUGUGCUGAAGUCGUGGAACAACAGUCAAUAUAUCAGUAUUGAUACGCCCAUGUUGUCCAGCACUGACUCGCUAGGUCUGAUAGCUGGCUCUGCUACAGCCUGUAGUAUUCUAGGAGUUAAGACACUGCAGGGGCUGAUGGAAGGCAAAUACUAUAAGUGGGCAUUCUUUCAGCCUCAUGGAAAAGCGCUAUCUACAGUUGCUGACUUGAUAGACAAGCAUCAGAUUAGCCCAAAUGUGGAGAGAGUGUACGCAUUUGAUGAGCUUCCGUUAGCAUAUGAAAGGGUUACAGGAGGACAUUUGCUGGGCAAGAUUGUCAUUGAUGUAGCAGGAACUAGCUAGUGAUGGCCUGUAGCCUUGUGUAGUACCGUCUCGUUGAAGUGCGGAGUACCAUUCCAGGCUGCUCAUUAUUACCAGUAUAUAAUAGUAGGGAGGACUGAUCACACUAUUACCAUCAUGCAGAAGCGAGGUUAGCAAAGCUCUGACUUUUACCAGCGUGUCAGCUACUGCUGUAGUUUCAUCAACAUGUAAUAACAAGUGCAGAGUGGAAUACUGAAGAGCUGUCAUCCAGGCCCUGAGUGUAGGUUAGUAGACGCCAGCUAACACGGGCAGCCGCUCGGAAAGUUGCAACUGACGCUGCUCAAGACGAUUUCGUAGUCUUUGUAAUGUACAGAACUAGAGAGAAAAUAUUGAGAAAUAACACCUAAAACAAUAUUUCAUGUUGUUCUUAUUUGUUUAAAUUAUUAUAUAGGGUAACAUCAGCAGAGAAGGGAGUACGGCCAUGUGUCCUUGUCACUCUGUACAACAAGCCUAGAUAAACAGUAAUGUGACGUCUGUAUCAUUGUACAGUGAUAGUUUCUGUAUAGCUUUUAGUGUGGCCAGAAAUUACUUGUAUAAAUUAGCAACCUUAGAUGUGCCUGAACAUAUUGCCCCCCUCCCCCAACACUUGUUUCAUUGUUCUAUGGCAUGGGAAUAGCAUAGUUAUAGUAAUCCGAGCUAUUGAAGGUGUUCUGUAGUUUCAGAAUUAUCAGAAAAAGAUUAUCAGCCGCUGCAUCACUGCAACACUUUGGUUAAUUUUAUGUAAUUAUUAUGAUGCUGAAUCUUGGUAAAAAUAUGGCCAAUUUUGAUGCCAUUUUACGCAAGUUGUGACAGCUCGGAAAUCUAUAAUCAUCGUCGAUAUGUGCGCAGCGCUUUAGGCAAAUUAUUUAUAAUUGUAAUGUUGAUAAUUAGUACGUGUCUCGUGUUGAGAAAUGUAACAGCUCAAAAGCAAAGGCAGAAUGUAUGUAUGCAUUUCAUCACCUGUAAUGAAUUAAGAGUGGGUAUUAGGAAACAUGUCAUUCUCAACUUUAUGUUCGUGAUAUAUGUUUUUGUGUUGUAGGAUUAUAAAUGCAACAACAAUAAAUAACGUAAUAGAUAA